CUUUAUUUUUAACCUUACUCUACGGUGCAUAUUACUCAAUUCUCUCGAAUAGGAAACACCCCGCCGCCGCUCCACCCCAUCCCCACUUCCCUAGGCACUAAGUCCCUCGCCGUCGCUGCUGUUGCUUAUUCUUAGUCACGCCGCAGCUGCUCCUCCUCAGUCACGCUGGUGUCUCGCCGCUGCUUUUUCAAUUGCGCUCCUGUCUCCCCACUGCUACCCCUACUCCAUCGCCGCUGCUUCUGUGUCCCACGGUCACGACGCAGAUACACUUCCUAAGAAAAAGUGGUUAUACUGAAAACAGGAAAAGCCCUAGAGAAAAGAGAAGAAAUGUGGUCUCUUCGCAGGUUGUCUUCUUCGUCAUUGCUUGGCAGUUAUGGUGGCUUCAAAUGCAUCUCUUACAUGCCCUCUAGAUUUUCUGCUUUUUCUCCAGGUGGUUUGGAUAAUGGCAAUAGUAGUUCACGUUUUGAAAAUGUUUCUGCUCCGUAUCUUUCAAGGUUCCAGAAUUCUGCAGGUCUGGAAAAGGUUGAGUCUGGGAGGAAUUCCAACCCCAUGGACUUUGUGAGGGGAAUAAUAGAACAUGAUAAUCCUAGAUUUUCUCAAUACAAUGUUGAGCAUAAUGCUGAUAUUGUGCACAUGAAGCUUAUGCGAAAUAAUAGCUUUAUUAGUGUGACAGAUUCUAAAGGAAAUACAAAGCUUGUGGUUACAUCAGGUUCAAAGAAAGUGGUAGGCGAUGGAAAAGCAACUCGAUAUGCUGCUGAAGCAACUGCAGAAUAUGUUGGAAGAAAAGCAAGAGAGAUGGGGUUGAAAUCGGUUGUGGUGAAGGUGGAAGGGUUCACUUACUUCAGGAGGAAAAGGCAGGCAAUCAUGAGCUUUAAGGAGGGCUUUUGUAAUUCUCGAGCAGACAGGAAUCCUAUUGUAUACAUUGAAGAUACCACUCGGCGUGCACAUAAUGGAUGCCGACUUCCAAAAAAACGCCGUAUUUAGAUUAUAGCAUGUUAGCCAUUUCUAAAAUAUUGAUUGAAGUGCCUUUUAAUCAGUAUUGAUGCUGUUUUGUUCUGUGGAUGCCAUUGACAUACAAGAUUGAAAUAAUUUCAAUACUGCAAUUAUAGAACUGUCUGUCCUAUCUAUUCCAUUGUUGUUUGAGCAAUUUUCUCUAUAGUACAAACUAUUGAAAA